ACUCCAGAAUGGUGUCACUACUGAUUGUGUUUAUGGCGACCAUAACAUUAAAAUAUAUUUUUGGUCUGCUGAUCGAAUAAAUCGUCAAAUAAAAUGCCACUGUACGAAGGAAUAGGAAUUGUUGCGGAGAAGCAUACAGUAAUUUUGGAUAUUGGACAUGCGUUCACGAAAUGUGGGUUUGCUCGUGAAGCUGGUCCUCGUUGGAUUAUUCCAAGCCAAGUGAAAAAUUCACAUACAGGAAAGCUAAGAAAACUGUGGGACUUCAAGGACAGAAAGGAACUAUAUUUUAUCCUGAAGGAUUUUCUUCAUAUGUUAUAUUUCAAAUAUCUUGUGGUGAAUCCUAAGGACAGAAGAGUUGUUAUUGUAGAAUCCAUAUUAUGUCAAACAGACUUCAGAGAGGUUCUUGCUAAAGUUCUCUUCUGUCAUUUUGAGGUUCCAUCAGUUCUAUUUGUCCCAAGUCAUUUAAUGUCUCUCUUCACACUUGGGAUCUCUUCAGCUGUGGUUUUAGAUUCAGGAUAUAGUGAAACAGUCGUUCUUCCUAUUUAUGAAGGUGUGGUAAUACUGAAUGCAUGGCAGGCUUUACCAGUAGCAGCACAAGCCAUACACAGGAGGAUUGAAGCAGAAGUAAUGGAAAAGGCUAAAGUAAAGACUCUAGCAUCAGAACCUAAACCUCUGGGAGAGCUUCUGGCAGAAAAAGGACAGACAGAGCCUCUAAAAGAAACAGUAUUGGAAGAUAUAAAAGUAAGAACUUGCUUUGUUGCACCUUUUGACCUCGGCCAAAAAAUUCAAGCAUAUGAAAGUGGCAAAAGACUUUCUGGGUUGAAACUGUCAGAAGAGGUGCCAGAGCCUCCUCCUUCCCCUCCAGAUGUUGAGUACCCAUUAAAUGGAGAGAAGAUAAUGACCAUUCCUGGAGAGAUCAGAAACUAUGCCCCAGAAAUAAUGUUUGAGAGAAGUGGUGAUGAACAGUCUCUAGCCAGUUUGAUAUUGGAUGCAAUUUUAAAGAGCCCAAUUGAUGUUCGUAAGACACUAGCUGAAAAUCUUGUUGUCAUGGGUGGUAACACCAUGUUACCUGGGUUUAAACAUCGACUUCUGGCUGAAGUACAAAAUCUAUUAAAGGAUCCGUAUUAUUCCAGCCGCCUACCUAUCAAGAAGAUCAAAAUUCAUCAACCACCAGCAAAAGAAAAUUAUAUAGCAUGGUUGGGAGGUGCUAUUUUUGGAGCCACGGACGUUGUGACAACCCGGUCUAUCACUAGAGAACAGUAUUUGAAACGAGAAUACAUUCCUGACUGGUCAGAUCAGAUGUGGACUAGUCAUUCUGGACGAGGUCGUAGUUAAACAAGUAUAUAGUUGAUGACACCAUGUGAAAAUAAACCUUUUUCUCAUGUCAGAUAUGUAAUAUUUAUUAGAUGUAUUUUAUUUAGUAUUAUCAUCACUAAACUUGCAGAUUAGAAAAAGCCAGCUUGUUUACCAAUACACCCUCAUUCUACAAGUAAUUUAUCUAUCAAAUAAAAUGUACACUAACCA